AUGUUUCUGCAGCCGGAGGCAGAGGCGCCAGGGAGGAGAGAAAGGAUGGGCUGCUUCUCUUGUUGCAAGCUGGUGGAUGAGCCUGAAGAAUCUGUAAGGAAGACCAGAACAUGGAGGACAUAUUCUAAUUCUAGUGGCGGGAGGAGAUUGACCGCCCUUAUUGCAACUUUCUCUAUUAAGUCAGGUAGCAGCCAAUGUAGGAAUUUGCACAAAGAGAUACUCAAAACUGGACAUGCAAAAAAAUCUGCUCAGCUCUUUACAUAUCAGGAAUUAGCUGCUGCAACUGAUAACUUCAAUCCUGAUUCUCUGGUGGGAGAAGGUGGAUUUGGGAAGGUGUACAAAGGACACAUAGACAGCAUAAAAAAAGUUGUGGCCGUGAAGCAACUGGAUAGGAAAGGAUUGCAAGGGGGUAGAGAGUUCUGUUCUGAAGUUAUCAUGUUGAGUUUGGUUCAACACCCAAACCUCGUCAAUCUGAUUGGCUACUGUGCAGAAGGAGGCCAGAAAAUUUUAGUGUAUGAAUUCAUGGCCAAUGGUUCUUUGGAGAAUCACUUUCUAGAUCUAUGUCCAAAUAGAGAGCCUCUUGAUUGGUAUACCAGGAUGAAAAUAGCUGAAGGAGCAGCUAGAGGACUUGAGUACCUGCAUGAGACUGCCAAUCCACCGGUGAUUUAUCGCGACUUCAAAGCAUCUAAUAUACUGUUAGAUGACAAAUUCAGUCCUAAGCUCUCUGAUUUUGGACUUGCUAAGUUAGGUCCAACCGGAGACAAGGACCAUGUGUCUACAAGGGUGAUGGGAACUUAUGGCUAUUGUGCACCAGAGUAUGCUUCAACAGGACAGCUGACAACCAUGUCUGAUGUAUAUAGCUUCGGCGUUGUAUUUCUGGAGUUAAUCACGGGAAGGAGAGCUAUUGAUGAUAGAAGGCCAGUUAGAGAACAGAACCUAGUCAGUUGGGCAAAGCCAAUGUUAAAUGACAGGAUAAAAUAUGCAUCAAUGGCUGACCCGUUGCUUGGAGGGAAAUUUCCGGUAAAGGGUCUGAAUCAAGCUGUUGCAAUUGCAGCAAUGUGUCUCAAUGAGGAAGCUGACUGCCGACCUUCGAUGGGUGAUGUUGUAACCUCCCUUGAGCAUCUAUCCUUGCCAAUAUAUGAUGAACUGGAUGCCAAGGGUGCAUCAGGAAACAAUGGUGGGCAUGUUGAAUCAGUAAAAAGAAAAAGUUUUAAAGGAGACCGAGAGCUAUAGCAAUUUGCCUCAAGGUGCAAGCUGAAGAAGGUGCAUUUCAGAUUCAAGCUGAAUCUUAUUUCCAUUACUAACUAUGGGGAUCUUUUAUUUGUAUUUUCCUGUACCUAUUAUAAUUAGCCUGUUCAAUUGAUAAAGCUGAAUCUGUAGUUUGUGUAUAUAAUCCAUUCCCUGUACCAAAAUUGUUGACAAAAGAAAAGAAAAAAAAUCAAAUUCUAAGAGAUCAUGUUUCAGUUUUGCACUACUGGACUGAAAUCAAAAGCCUUUUGUCCACUUUAAAUUCUAUUACUUAGUAAGUUCGCUGCUCUUCUAGAAUCCAGAUCAAUCCACAAACCACAUAAUCCAACUCCUACUUUAUCAGACUAAGACCAACUCCUAUAACAGAGUACUUAGGAAACAAGAUGCAGUUUCUGGUUGCCUUGCCCACUAUAUCCAGUUGCUCUCUCUGGCAGCAUGUCCAUCCCAAUUCCCAUGAAAAAGGAAAAAAAACGAAAAAAAAAGGAAAAGAAAAGUAUUAACAGAGAGACUAUGGCAAGAGAGAGUCUUUGAGUUUCAUUGAAUGUAUGUUGUGAACUGGCAAAAUGGUAUAUAAAGCUCAAAAAACAUUGUCAGCACCUCUUUGAGAAGAUGGUCUAACUUAAAUGCUCAAGUUGUUCAUGUCAUCCUUGAGGAUCCUGUAAUUAAACCCAGGAAUGCCAUUUAGCCGAUUGGUUUCUGCAACUUUUGUAGCAGAGCAUAUGCUUGAUAAGAACCUUCUGCUGCUUCUCCUCUUCUUCCUUUUCCAGGUCAUUAUCAAGAACCAGAAGCUAGGCUUGCUAGAAUGAGUGCAACUGCUGGAAGUCAUGUCAACUAUUUGUCCCUGAGGCUUCCUCGAGCUUGAGCUUCCACGCAGCCGGUCGAGCUCAAGCUUGCUGAAAUACUCGAUCUCCUUCCUGACAAGCGAACCUACAGUGCCUCGCGUGCCUAUUGCAAUUGGAGCUGGUGCAGCCAUUGUAUUUGUUUCAGGGAACUUGAUUUCUGUUGUGCUGCUGGCUUUAUACUGCAUAUUUUUUUAAAGGUGUAAAGUGAUGUAAGAAGCUUCAGGGUGAAGAAA